UGACGCUCACGUGACUCGGCUUCCAGCCGGCUUGGCUCGCGGAAGUGGCCCAACCUGGGCGGGCUGCACGGGGUCUCCAGGCUCGCCCGUCCCCACCCCACCCCCGGGGGUGUGCCGGCUGGCGCGGGCGCCGCGGGUCGCCGGGAUGGUGCAGCUGUACAACCUGCACCCGUUCGGGUCGCAGCAGGUGGUGCCCUGUAAGCUGGAGCCCGAGCGGUUCUGCGGCGGGGGGCGCGACGCGCUGUUCGUGGCGGCGGGCUGCAAGGUGGAGGUGUUCGAGGUGACCAGCCAGGAGAUGUGCCGGUCCAGAUGUACCUUCUCCACGCUGGGCCGCGUGCUGCGGCUGGCCUACAGCGAGGCGGGAGACUAUUUGGUGGCAAUUGAAGAGAAAAACAAAGCAACGUUUCUUCGUGCUUACGUGAACUGGAGGAGUAAGAGGACCGAGAGCUCACGCGUGUGUAUCCGGAUGCUGGGUCAUCAAGUGGAAGCACCUCCCAAUGAAAGCUUCCGAGACCAGAUGUGGAUUGUUGAGAUGCCACUGGCCGAGGCCCCCCUGUGCAUCUCCUGUUGCCCUGUAAGGGGGGACCUGCUUGUUGGCUGCACAAAGAAGUUAGUCUUAUUUACACUGAAGUACCAGGUUAUUAGUGAGGAACUCUCGCUGCUGGACUUCGAACGCUCCCUGAUUGUACACAUAGAUAGCAUCACUCCUGUUGAAAUCUCUUUUUGUGUUGGAUACGUUGCUGUCAUGUCAGAUUUAGAAGUCUUAGUCUUAAAACUGGAGUCGGACUGUAAAAAUGGAGAAAGUGUUUACCACCACACACGUAAAAGCAUCAAUUCAGUGAAGCAGGCACAAGGCAUCAAUAAUGAAACUUUGCAGCUUGAAUCAGAUGAUUUUGUUAUCUGCCAAAAGCCCAUGGAACUGCUUGGUGACAAAAGUGAAGAAUCUGGAGUCUCUGUUACGCUGGAGUCCACAGGACUGGCUGAUGAGAGAAUCAAAUACUUUCACGUUCAGCACUUGCUGUAUAGACGUUUUGCACCUGAUAUUUCAUCCUACAUCUUGCCUGAUGACAUCAAGUUACAUUCACUCCAGCUGCUGCCCAUCUUCCAAACAGGUUCUAUUAAUUCUGAUGGAAAAAAUUCAUCACAGGAGAAAGAGUUGCUGAGUCUCUUUUGUUUCUUCUCGUUGCCUCACGUGGGCUAUCUCUACAUGGUGGCCAAAUCUGUUGAGCUAAUGUCCGUUUACCAGUAUCCUGAGAAAUCGCAGCAGGCAGUGCUCACACCACAGUUUUUGCACGUCAUCACAAGCAACAACCUGCAGUGCUUCACAGUGCGGUGCAGUGCAGCAGCAGCGCGAGAAGAGGACCCAGACGCAGACACCACCUUGAAGGCUUGCCCUCCAGUCAGCAUGGAUGUCUGUGCCUUGCGGAUACAACUUUUCAUAGGUUUGAAGGCCAUCUGCCACUUUAAAAACCACAUCAUACUUUUAACCAAGGCAAACCCCGAGGCCACUCCUGAGAGAAGAGAGUCUCCCAAGAGGUUUCUCUCUAGAAAAGAUGCCAGCAUGAAGCCUAGAAUACCUCCUGUAGCUGAGGCUGGGUGGAAUUUGUAUAUUGUGAAUACCAUCUCACCAGUACAACUGUACAAAGAAAUGGUAGACUACAGCAAUACCUACAAGACCGUCAAGACCCAGAGCUGCAUCCACCUGCUUAGUGAGGCUCACCUGCUAGUGAGAGCGGCCCUGAUGGAUGCUGCUCAGCUGGAACCUGGAGAGAAAGAGGAGCUCUUAGGAGCGUUUAAGGAAAGCUGUGGACACUUGGGAGACUGCUAUAGCAGACUUGACACCCAGUAUUCCCACCUCGCCUUACCGUAUUAUAAGAUGUCUGGUUUGUCCGUGGCUGAAGUCUUGGCCCGCGUGGACUGGGCUGGAUCACAGAAGUAUGAGAAGGGGUUGCUUUUCUACAUUAAUCAUUCACUUUAUGAGAACCUGGAUGAAGAAUUAAGUGAGGAGCUAGCCGCAAGAGUGGUCCAGAUGUUUCAUGUGGCUGAGCCGAAGCAACUGCCCCAUAUUCUCUGUACUCCUUCCAUGAAGAAGAUUGACCCUUUAACGGCCCUGAACUAUCUAAUGAAGCUGGAUUCUUCCAGGUGCUCAGCCAUCUUAGUGGCACUGACUAAGGCAGCAGUGGCUUUGAAAAUGGGAGAUGUGGACCUGUGCAGAAAUGAAUUGAAAGCCCACACAGAGAUGAACUUGGUAGGUGGCUUUACUCUGGAGCCUCGGCUAUUAGUUCAACAGAAGAAGGGCCAGAUUAUCCCAACAGAACUUGCCAUUCACUUGAAGGAGACUCAGCCAGGAUUGCUGGUAGCUUCCAUCCUGGGCUUACAGAAGAACCACCACCUUGAAAUUGAAGAGGCAGACUCUUUCUUCAAGGUGCUUUGCGGUAACAGUGAAGGUGUAAUUCCUCAGCUCUUGGUAGACUUUUGGGAAGCUCAGCUGGUGGCGUGUAUCCCAGAUGUGGUCCUUCAGGAACUCUUCCUCAAGCUGACAUCCCAGUACAUCUGGAGACUGGCUAAUAGGCAGCCCCCAGACACCACGCCAUUGAGGACAUCAGAGGAUCUGAUAAAUGCCUGUGGUCAUUACGGCUUGAUCUACCCAUGGGUUAAUAUCUUAAUAUCAUCCAACCCUUCACCUGAUAGAAAAUAUUCAGAAGACCUUUCAAAAUUACAAUCUCUUAUAUGUGGUCCUUCGUUUGACAUAGCUUCCAUUAUCCCGUCCUUGGAGCCACUCUCAGAAGACACAGCCACUGGCCUCAGCAUUCAUGUUCUGUGUCGUACUCGUUUGAAAGAGUAUGACUGGUGCAUAGACAUGCUAUUAGAGAGAUGCCCAGAGGCCGUCAUUCCUUACGCUAACCAUGAACUGAAAGAAGACAGUCGGACUUUGUGGUGGGAAAAACUGUUGCCUGAACUUUGUCAGCGAAUGAAAUGCGGUGGAGAGAGAUGUCAGCUCUACCUGUCAUCGUUGAAAGAAACAUUGUCGGUUGUUGCUGUGGAACUAGAGCUGAGAGAUUUUUUGAAUGUUCUCCCAGAGGAUGGCACUGUGGCUUUUUUCUUGCCAUAUCUUCUCUACUGCAGUCGAAAGAAAUCUUUGACUUGAAGGUGUCAUUUGAAAAUGCACUAUAAUGGUAAAUAAGACUGGACUUUAAAAAACCUGAAUGCUAGGUUAAAAAAGAAACUAUAUAUAUAUUAUGUACAUAUAUAUACAACAGAGGCUUUCAGGCUUCUUCCUUAUCACUAAGUGAUACUAUAUUUUCUUAAUUUAUGACUUGAAUCCAUUGACUUGUGUGUAAUAUUAAAAGAAAAAGAAAAAGCUUCAAGACUUAAGGAUUUCCUUAAGAAGUAGGAUCUCCUUAAAGGUAGAGACCUACUGCCUUUUAUUCCAGGGAACUCCAAGUCACGGUUCUUGAGGACCUGACAAUUUUUUUUUUUCAUCUCAAGAGCACAAACUUUUAAAGCAGUAUGUUUGGAGGAAAGUUACUCUUAAGACCUCAAGAAUUUAAUUUUGGUUUUCCCGCAUUUCUUUACUGGGCCACUUAAAUUGGUUUUUCUUUGAGGAAAAUGCCAGUGGUUUGCUGCAAUAAAAGAUGUAAGAUUUUGUUUUUCUGUUCCUUUGAAAACUCAGACUGUAGUCUUUGCUGAAUCAAAUGAAGUAGAAACUUAACAAAGCUACUUGUUUGUUGGUUAACAUGAAUUGUGGAGUGCAUAUUUUCCAGCCAAAGACUUAUCUCCAUGUUUUGUUGAUGGGUACUCUUGCUCUUUUAACUAGAGUGUAUGUGAAAGUAAAACACUGAUUAUAACCAU